GCUGUGUAGCGGGAUGGCGGAGAAACAAACCUAUCAACAUAAACUUACGAUUGUUGGAUAAAUAGGGAGAAAGUGGAUCUCUGAAGUGAUGCACUCUGUGAAGAAAAUAACUAAAGAAGACACUUGGAGGUCUGAUGAUUUAAAAGUGCACAUUCAGGCACACAAUGAGGAGAGCAGAAGAAGAUCCAAGCGAGAAGAGGAGCACAGAAAACCCAGGGAUGGAGAAUCUCAGGAUCGCAGACACAGAGACCCUGAUCAAGAUCCAAAGAGAGAGAAGGAAAAGCGGAGACAUAGAGAAAGAGAGGGGAUAAAACAUAGAGAUCCAGAGAGGGAUAGAAACCAGGAUAUCAAGAAGGAAGAUGUCAGGGAGGAGAGACACAAAGAGAGAAGGAGAGAGCGGGAGGAGACGCGAGAGAAUGGGGAUGGAGAUGAAGAUGAAAAAAGAUACAAUAGAGGUGAUAAGGAGAACAGUGAAAGACGGAGGGAUAGAGAGAAAGACAGGAAUGCGGACAUGUACAAUCAGGAGGACAAGGAUAGAGAAAGAGAUAGAAGGAGGGCUGAGAGAGCUAGAAGGAAAGAGGAGAGAGGAGAAGGAGAAAAAGAGGAGAGGGAAAGAGACAAAGAAAGAGAACGAGAGAGGAGAGAAAGACACAGAGCAAGAGAGAGUGACCAGUAUAGACUUGAAUAUGAUGAAAAGCAGAGAGAGGGAGAAAGGCAAGAGAGACGGAGAGACAAAGAACACUCUGGACACAAAGAAAGAGAACACAGAAGGGAAAGAGAAGACAAAGAGAGGAGGAGAAGAGAUAAAGAAAUUCAGAGUCACUCUAAAGAAGCUGAACACCAUCGGCAGGAGUUGAAAGACUCAAAGGAUUUUCACAGCAUCAAAGAUGGAGAAAGUGAGAAGGCGAGGGAGAGGGAUGAGAGAGAGCGGCGGCGUGAAAGAAAGCACAAGGAAGUUUCAGACUCCAAAAGGAGUGACAGAGAGCGGAAACAGGAUUCAUCAGGCCAUGACCUGAAUCCAAGUAUAAGCAGAGACAAAGAGGAAACUACCAAGAGACCUCAAUUAACAUGGAGGUCUGUUCAAGCUGAAACAAGUGAUCCAGAGGUCCCUGUAGAGAAUGAAGAAACUGAAGAGGACAAGGAAUCAAGCAAAGAUGAUCAUAAUGAUUAUGAGGAAGAUUUUGAGGAUUAUGAGGAGGACUUUGAGGAUGUAGAUGAAGAUGAGGAUGAUAAAGUGGAGGAGGAUGAGAAAGAGGAACAUGAGAAUAAAAUAAGAGAGGAUAAGAGAGAGCUGAGCCCCAGGAGAAGACAAGAAAUUGAAGCCAUCCAGAGAGCCAUGGAUGAAGAAAACGAGAGAAUCUACUCUGCGAGAUCAAAGCCUUCAACUGCAGACUCCGCUGUCACCCAGAGAGACAGGCACUCGAACACAAAUCAAACACAGGGCACAAUUAUUGAUUUUGUGUCAGCAAAGCAACGAGAGAUCAGCCAGAAAGUGGCCAGGAAGCAAAAGAAGCGCAGUGAGGAACUUCUGCGCCUGAUUGAUUUAGAUUACUCCAUCACCUUCUCCAUGCUGGACCUUCCCCCUGUCAAUGAGUAUGACAUGUACAUCAAGAACUUUGGAACAGCCAAUACAAAACAGGCUUAUGUGCAGUGCAAUGAAGACAACACUGAUCGAGAUAUACAAACAGAAGAAGUUGAAAUGACAGAUAAAUGGACACAACACCCACCAGAAGCAAAAGCAGCAUGUGGUGGGUCUACAGGGUUUCAAGACCACGCAGUGGAAUCCAUAGCAAGAACAUCUACUGAUUCUAAACGCCUGACUACAUUUUUACGUUCUGCUGCACAGGUGAUGGCUGUUCUGAUCGAGGAGAAUAUGGCAGAAAGUAAUUCUGUCAGAAAACUUCGCUCUCAAACCGAUGCUUUGUCCUUCAGUGAUGGGUGCAUUCAACUCAAUACCAAACUCCCAUUUCUGCAUGGUCGGCAGGUGAGUCUGCUGCAGUUUUCUCAGGUCCAGAGACAGACUCUUCUGUCUGUUCAUCCCCCGUCCUCCAAAACUAGUUCUGUUCGACUUGACAGUGAGACUGUAGUCUGCGUGUGGAACAUCUGGGAACCGUCCAGACCCCAAAAAAUUCUUCUUUAUGAAUCUGAGGUGAGGUGUUGUUGUUUCAGUCCUGGUAAAGUUACAUUAGUGUUUGCUGGUACAGCAGUAGGCUCAGUGGUCGUAUGGGACCUCAGAGAACAUUCUGGCUCUCACUCCAAUUUGGAAAUUGGCAAGGAGGUGUGGACGUUACGCUACCCAACCUUCUCAACAGAUGCUGUGCUUUCAGGGGUGGGUCAUCUCUCUCCUGUAGUGUCAAUUGAACCUGUAAUGGCAUCUGCUGAUAUACGUUCAAAGAGUACACUGACUGCAGACAUAGAAGAGUCUCUGGGAUUGUCAUUCCAGUUAGGAUCUCUGGAUGAAAAUGGAGUGUUAACCCUCUGGGUUGUGAUUGAGUUGCCCAAGGGAAAUGAUUCUGGAUCACAAACAGAUCUUGGUCUCAGGCCUGGUGGUAAAGUUAAACUACUCCACAGCUCCUCUUUACAGACCACUGAGAGAUUACCUAAAGACACUAUAUCAAGAUUUGGACCAUCUGUGGGCCUUCAGUUAAAGUUCCUCCCUUCUGAUUCAAAUCAUUACUUCAUUGGCACUAACAUGGGUCUGGUUAGACAUGGUACAAGGCACAGUUUGAAAGUUCUCCCAAAGGUUUACAGAUCACAGUCUGAUAGCUAUAGGCCAGUUGAAGUCACAGCACUGGACUUCAGUCCUUUGGGGGAACCCUUUUUCUUGGUUGGCUGUAGUGAUGGCUCAGUUCGAUUACAUUCUGUCCUAAGAGAAGAUCCAUUGAUGGAGUGGUCAGGGCAGUCCAGUGAACCUCCCAUUCUGUCAGUGCAGUGGUCUCAGACACGGCCAGCUGUGUUUUGUGUUCUGAAUGCUGCCUCUGAUCUUCACAUCUGGGACCUGACAGAAAAGGAUUAUGUGCCCGUCAUCACAGAGAAUAUACACGAUGACCGGGUUACAGCCAUGGCAGUGUUUGGUGAGCCAUCCAAACAAAACACAUUUUCUGGCAUCGCACUUGCCAAGCAGUCCGGCAAGGUGGAGAUUCAGUAUUUCAAGAAGUCACUUACAGUGUGUAGUGCCUCUGACAAAGAAAAAAUUGAUUCUAUUUUGCAUGAUGCUUUUUUGACAUGAGAUAUGAGAUGAUAUGAGACAUCCAAAUCAAGAAGACGUUUGUCUGAACCUCGAUUUAAAUUAAUAUCCUGUCAAAACUCGUUAUAUACUUCUAACAGAGAAAAACACAAAGAUUCAUUGGAGUUAUGAACAGUAUGGGCAGACUCAGUGAAUUAUAGUUCCUUGCUACAUCAAUAAGGUACCUAAAGCUGCAAAACUGUGGCUAUAACAGCAUAAACUAUUGAGGAUGAGAAAUGGUCUGUACACAUACCAAUUUGCUCUGUACACAUAACAAAUGUAUAUCCCUGGCUUAAAAUUCAUUACUUCUAAAACUUUGCUGACAUUAGCUGGAACAUGAUGGCUUCGUUGCUGUAAGCAGCAUUUUGUGAGGUUAGAUCAAAUGCUAAAGGGAGCACAUAAAUAUGAGCUUUCUGGUCCUCAGGGAUAUAAAGGCAUUAUAUCCUUUUUGUAUUAUUUUACAAUAUGUACAGAUGAAUAUUUACACUGUGUAGCACUUAAAAAGGAAUGGUCUCUGUUAUAUAAUC